AGCUGAGCUGCCCAGUCACCAAGCCGCCCGGCGGGGGCGGAGCGAGCCCCUUAGACCUGGGGCCCGGGUCUGACAAAGCAGUUUGCAAGGCCUGGUCUGGGGCUGACCCAGGAAGGGGCGUCAGCUGUCGUCCCCAUGGGGCUGUGUUUUCCCUGUCCAACGGAGGAGGCGCCUCCCUCGCCAGACCCGGAAGAAAAAAGAGCAAAGCUUGCAGAGGCUGCAGAGAGAAGACAGAAGGAGGCUGCAUCUCGGGGCAUUUUGGAUGUUAGGUCUGUGGAAGAAAAAAGAAAGAAAAAGGAAAAAAUAGAAAAACAAAUGGCUACAUCUGGACCCCCACCAGAAGGUGGACUUAGAUGGACAGUUUCAUAAAGUAUAACAUAAGUGGAAGAGUCUACUGCCAAUAAUUAAUACCUGCAAUCAAGUGGAAAUCCUCAAUUUAAUCUCUUCUCUUUGAAUAAAUGAAGAUUCAGACUUUGUAA